AUGGCCAAGGAGGGAGCGCAGCGAGCGGAGGAGACGGAGCAGAUGAUCCAGAAGGAGGGCGGCAAGGAAGCCGCUGAGGGCAGCGGCGCCGGCAGCCUGAGGGCUGGGGACACGAAGGAGAUGAGGGCCGUGGUGCUGUCCGCAUUCGGGGGGCUCAACAAGCUCCGCGUGUCCAAGAAAGCCAUGCCGGAGCCACAGGAGGGGGAGCUGAAGAUCCGCGUCAAAGCCUGUGGUUUGAACUUUAUUGAUUUGAUGGUGCGACAAGGAAACAUCGACAACCCUCCUAAGACCCCACUUGUUCCUGGGUUUGAAUGCUCUGGAAUUGUAGAAGCUCUUGGAGAUAGUGUGAAAGGAUUUGAGAUUGGAGACAGAGUUAUGGCUUUUGUAAACUACAAUGCAUGGGCUGAAGUAGUCUGCACCCCAGUAGAAUUUGUCUACAAGAUCCCAGAUGACAUGAGUUUUUCUGAAGCUGCUGCAUUUCCCAUGAACUUUGUAACUGCUUACAUGAUGCUUUUUGAAGUUGCUAACCUAAGAGAAGGCAUGUCUGUGUUGGUUCACUCGGCAGGAGGUGGGGUGGGUCAAGCUGUUGCUCAGCUCUGUUCAACUAUUCCCAAUGUUACUGUUUUUGGAACAGCUUCAUCUUUCAAACAUGAAGCAAUCAAAGAUUCAGUAACUCACCUGUUCGACAGAAAUGCAGACUAUGUUCAAGAAGUAAAGAGAAUCUCAACAGAUGGAGUAGAUAUUGUUUUGGACUGUCUUUGUGGAGAAAAUACCGGGAAAGGCCUCAGUCUCCUCAAACCACUUGGUACUUACAUUUUAUAUGGUUCAUCUAACAUGGUUACUGGGGAGACAAAAAGCUUCUUCAGUUUUGCAAAAUCAUGGUGGCAGGUUGAGAAAGUAAAUCCUAUCAAGCUGUAUGAGGAGAACAAAGUCAUUGCUGGAUUUUCCCUGUUGAAUCUACUUUUCAAACAGAAUCGAAGUGGCCUGGUCAAGGGCGUGAUGGACAAACUCCUAAAUCUCUAUAACAGUAAGAAGAUCAAGCCUGUGGUUGAUUCCUUAUGGGCUUUGGAAGAGGUGAAGGAGGCCAUGCAGAGAAUCCAUGACCGAGGAAAUAUAGGGAAACUAAUUCUGGAUGUGGAGAAAGCACCCACUCCUCUGAUGGCCAACGACAGCACAGAGACCAGUGAGGCUGGGGAAGAGGAAGAAGACCAUGAAGGGGACAAUGAGAAUAAAGAGCGCAUGCCAUUCAUCCAGUAA